AUGGAUCACAAGGGCGUUGAGGAGAUCUUGGCCUCGAAAAGAAUACUUAUCUCCGGGGGCACUGGGUUUGUUGGCUCCGCCACUGUUCGCGCCCUGGCAGAAAGGCAUCCGAAGUGCGCCAUCACCGUCAUCGACCGUAGCCCCCCUCGGCCCCAACAUGCACUACCCGACGGUAUUCGCUGCAUGCAAGUCGAUGUGACCUCUGCGCCUGAAACCAGCAAGGCGUUUCAGACGGUUCAACCAAAUAUAGUUAUCCACACAGCUGGCAUCGUGCCAGGUUUACCGGACCGGUUCGGUCGGCGGCUAGAGAAGGAGGUGUGGAGGAUCAACGUUGUAGGAACCCAGAACAUGCUGGAUGCAGCCACAGAAAAUGAGGCCGCAGCCUUCAUCUAUACCAGCAGCUGUUGUGUAGUGACUGACGACAUACGAUCAUCCUACGCCAAUGUUGAUGAAAAAUGGCCCACAUCCUCUAACUCGCUUAUCUAUGGCGAAUCCAAGGUUGUACCCCACAAUUGCAAUGAUAAUUAUGCCUUGGAGAAAGAUGAAUUGAAUCUGACAAAAAACCAGGCUACUGCGGAGGCUCUUGUGCUCAAUGCAUCUAGCGACAAAAUGGCCACCUGCGCCCUCCGUCCCUCGGUGCUUUGUGGCCCAGGCGAUUGCCAACUGGUACCAGCCAUACAUGCAUGCAUUGCCAAGUACGAAACACCUUUCGUGAUUGGCACUGGAGAUAAUCUAUGGGAUGUCACGCAUGUGAGCAAUAUCGCUGAUUCUCAUGUCCUGGCCGUGGAAAAUAUGGUGACCUCUCGGACAGCUGCGGGCGAGGCUUUUUUUAUCCAAAAUAACGAGCCCAUCGCUUUUCGAAAUUUCUGCCUAGCAAUAUGGGCUCAUUUUGGGCAUGUGCCACCCUUUGAGAUACGAAUCCCCGAAGGACUAGCCUAUUUAGUGGGAUGGCUGUGUGAGAUGGCCACCUGGGUAACUGGAGGCACAACAACAUUAAGCCGGGGGGGUGUACAGGAUGCUUGUGCCGUGCGAUACGCCAAUGGAAAAAAGGCUAAAGAGAUUCUGGGGUACGAAGCUCGCAUUGGAAUUGAGGACGCCAUUCGCUUGAGUUGUGAGGUAAGCCAAGAUUACGAAUUCUGCCCCUGUGCCGCUUCGGGUUUCGGUUUCAUCAUGUCAAAGAAAAUAUUGGUGACUUACUUGGAAUUCCAGGAAUACGCUCAUUGCAUCAGAGUGAAAUUACCUGCCAAGGGAUAA